AUGACUCCACCCCACCGUCUUCCCGAUCGCCAGGCCUCUCGACAAGCCUCUACUGACCCAAGAGAGGAGCUUCAAGUCCAAUUGGACCAUUUCAUCGGUAUCGACGUAGGCACAGGCAGUGCUCGAGCUUGCAUCAUCGACGCAAAAGGCGACAUUGUCGGCCUAGCCUCCGAGAACAUCGGUCUCUGGCAACCCGAACAUGGCUUUUAUGAACAAUCAACCACAGACAUAUGGCGUUGCAUCUGCACCGCCGUCCGCCGCGCCCUAGACGAGCAAAACAUCAACCCCUCCACAGUCCGAGGAAUUGGCUUCGACGCUACAUGCUCCCUAUCAGUCUUCAACCAUGAAACCUCCGAGCCAAUCUCCGUAACAGGACCCAACUUCGACACAGACCGCAACGUCAUCCUAUGGCUAGACCACCGCCCCGUAUCAGAGGCUGCAAAGAUCAACGCCACAAACCACAACUUACUCCGCUACGUCGGCGGAACAAUGUCCAUCGAAAUGGAAGUCCCAAAAGUCCUCUGGCUAAAGAAUAACAUGCCAGCCGACCUAUUCGAUAAAUGCAGCUUCUACGACCUAGCAGACGCACUCACUCACAUUGCAACAGGAAACAACAAGCGCAGCUUCUGCAGCGCCGUCUGCAAACAGGGCUAUGUCCCCGUCGGCGUAGACGGCAGCGUAAAGGGAUGGCAGGGGGACUUCUUAACCGAAAUCGGCCUGGCCGACCUAGUCGAGGACAAUUUCAAGCGAAUGGGCGGUGUUGACGGGGUGAACGGCGACUAUCUAUCUGCCGGAGAACUAGUCGGUCAUCUUUGCGAAAAAGCCGCCGCAGAACUAGGCCUACCAGCCGGUAUCGCGAUCGGCAGCGGCGUCAUCGACGCAUACGCAGGCUGGAUAGGCACCGUCGGCGCGAAAAUAAGUCUUGACUCGAACCAAUUGAACGACGAAGUAGCUUCGAACGACAAGGCGCAGGCUUUCUCCCGUCUAGCAGCUGUGGCGGGUACGUCGACGUGCCAUCUGGCGAUGUCAGCGGAUCCGGUCUUCGUGCCCGGCGUCUGGGGACCGUACCGCGACACUAUCAUUCCAAACUAUUGGAUGGCGGAGGGAGGCCAAUCUGCCACGGGAGAACUACUAAAACACGUCAUUGAGACACAUCCAGCCUUUAACCAGGCGCUAUCAAUCGCAGAGUCCUACCACACGAACAUAUACGACUAUCUGAACGAACACCUGAAAGAGAUGGCCGCCGAACAGAAAGCGCCGUGCAUCGCGUACCUCGGCCGACAUUUCUUUUUCUACGGCGAUUUGUGGGGCAAUCGGUCUCCGAUCGCGGAUCCAGACAUGACGGGGUCAAUUGUCGGGCUAACGAGCGACAAGUCCAUCGACGGCUUGGCUCGAUAUUACUACGCAACGCUAGAAUUCAUCGCGCUGCAAACAAAGCAGAUCGUCGAAACGAUGAAUAACGCCGGUCACGGGCUUACGUCGAUUUUCAUGUCUGGAUCGCAGUGUCAGAAUGAUAUCCUUGUUGGUCUGAUUGCGUCUGCUUGUGGAAUGCCGGUCGUUAUACCGCGGUAUAUUCAUGCUGCUGUUUGUCAUGGGGCGGCUAUGCUGGGCGCGAAGGCGGCUAGUGCGGAUUCAGAGGGGAAGACGGAGGAUUUGUGGGAUAUUAUGGAUCGAAUGAGUAAGCCUGGUAGGAAGGUUGUUCCCACGGAGGAUGGGAAGGAGUUGGCGCUUUUGCGGGCGAAGUAUGAGGUUUUUCUGGAGCAGUGCUUUAAGCAGCAGAAGUAUCGGCAAUUGGUUGAUGAUGCUGUGGGGGAAUGGGGGUCGGUUUAA